CUUCUGGCGCGGUUACCAUGUAUGCACAUGGACGUUCUGUGUUUUGGUGUGGAUGGUGAAGUGGUCUGGGAAUUCCUCCCGAAUGAGCGAUUGACGUAGCAUGUCAGAUAUUUGUCAUCUCAAAGAAGAUGCCUAGUCAGUAUGAACUGUGCUGACGUCGAUGACAGACCGCUUCCAACAGGCUGGAUAUGUCGACAGUCCAAAUCAAGAAGGGACAAGCAUUAUUAUUUUAACACUAUCACAAGGGAAUCAAGCUGGAAGCAUCCUCUUGAUACUCCACUAAGCCAUGAUGACUCAUCUGUUCAUCUUUUUCUUUGGUGGUUGCAAAAAAUGGAAGAAAAAAAUUGGUUCUUGAAUGCCCUUUUGCUUGGCUCUAAUUGGGAAAAAGAGAGCAAAGGAAGUGUAUCGAAGAAAGAGUUUGGGAGUGAUGGAUCUAGUGCAAGAAAGAAAAAUAAAAAAUCCAAGAAGCACAAGAUACCCGACCCAGGGCAUUCAGUUUCUGAGAAACUAUCUUCACCAACAGGAGACUCUGGCCAAGAUAAUGAGAUACCUAUUAGUAAGAUGACGGAAGCCGUGUUGAAUUCCACCUGUCAGGAACAGAUAUGCAGUAAUUCUAAAGCUUGUCGCAUUAGUGCAUGGGUGAAUUCUGUAGAUACAACUUAUACACCCAGUGAACAGGGCAGCUGUGUUAGUGUACCAUGUUUGCAAAGUGGCUAUGCUGAAAGUGACGAAGUUAGUGUUGGCGACUUUCCGUUAAAAAAGUUUUACAGAAGACCAACAAAUGAGCAAAAUUUUUCAGGAAAUGCAACAGGUAAACUCCUGAAAAAGAACAAUGCUAACAAUGACAAAAUCAACAACAGCACCAGACUUGACUCCAGGUCUAUGUGGCAUCCGUACAAAAAAGGAUAUAUUCCUAGUGGAAAUAAUGUACGACUACAUAAUGGAAUUUCAAGGAAUUCUAAGCAAGGCACUCAAUCACCAGCUAGUUUUAGUGCUGUUCAUACACCAUUCAGUCCAUUAUCUCGUCAUCCCACUGUCCUUGGAACAAAUUCUGACAAAACAGACUCAUGUCAGAAGUUACCAGGCAGCCAUGUAGCUUAUCAAACACAAAGUGAGGAAGAAAUGCAACUUGACAGUCAAAUGUCCUUCAACAGCUAUGGAAAUGUUGGUUAUGAAGCAGAGACUAGUAAGCCACAACAGUUUGAUAGUAAUGAUGAUGCAAUGGAGAUUGAUAACUAUGAAGAACUCAAAGAUCAGAUUAGAGCAGAGCUUCAAGGGAUCAGAUCUGAAUUUGUACUUGAUCCACUGAUGGUUGAAGCUGAAACAUCCAGGCCCUCAAAAGUUUCAUACAAGGACACUUUGUAUAUAAUUUUGGAUACAAAUGUCCUUCUCUCACAUCUGAAACUCAUUUCCGAAUUAAAAGACUUUCCCAUUGAAGGUGUGGCCAGACCAGUUCUUGUGGUGCCAUGGAUAGUCAUUCAGGAACUAGAUUCACUUAAGAGUGAUUCAUGGAGGGUAAAGAGAGGAAAGCUAAUGACUGAGACAAAUCAGAAUGGCAAGUUAGGUGUUGAUAUCCUUGCAAGGCAGGCUGUCAAAUUUCUUCACCUUUGUUUUGAGUCUAAUCAUGCACGAGUUCGAGGGCAGACAGUGUCUGAGGCUCGGGAAAUGAUGGAGAACUGUGCCAUUGAAAAUCCUAAUAAUGAUGACAAAAUACUGCAGUGCUGUUUAUUAUUUCAACGAAAGGCGGAAAAUGGAUUUGCUGUUUUGUUCUCAAAUGAUCAAAACUUAUGUAGCAAGGCUAUAAUUAAUGGAAUAAAAGCUUUCAGUCAUCAGAGUCUUGUCACAGGAUUAAAAGAAUUAUUCCAGAGCAGUGCCAUAGUGUUAAAGAAAGGUUAUUUUCAAGACUAUUAUAAGGAGCUUCAAAGGCAAGAGGUUUUGGCAGAUAUGAGAGCCAAGGCUGAUGAUCUUGUAUGCGAGCUUCAGUGUGUUAUGAGGGAAGGAUUAGCUGUCGUAGUGGAGACUGAAAUGAGAGCAGCUUAUGAAGAUCUUUGGGACAAGAUUGUAUUUAUAAAACCACCAUGGACCUUAGCUGACCUCCUUCAGUUGUUAGACAAACACUGGAUUGCUGUCUUCGGUCAAGUAUUUGAAAGGAAAAUCAAGACGACAGUAGAAAACCUACGAAAGCACUUCAGUGGAAGUGGAGGUUCCCCUGGUUGUCUGGCUAAUGCCUCUGUUGUAAUGGACCGGGCGCACGAUCUCUUUGAGUGUAUAGCUCAGCGUUCAUGUUACAAUGGAGCGAUAACCAAGUGUGUGACAGCCAUUAUCGUCCUUCAAAAGAGAUGCAAAGAAUUUCAUUCAGAUCAAGCACAGUCUACCGGCGCCCAGGCCUCUGUUGUUAUGGGUCCUCCUCGAGUCCCAGCCCUGCAUGGGCCUGGCACUGGUUAUUCCCCUCCAUCUUUGUCUAAAGAAACGGAGAAAGAGAAGUUCUCGGCGAAACUUGAAGAGGGUUCAGAAGAAAGCAGUAGUGUCCAUGAGAUUAACACAGCAGAGGCUGACAGCAAUCCUCAUGCUCUGGUCCUAUCAACUUUUGAGACAAUAUGGAACGCAGUCAAUCAGUUCAGUGCACAGAUAUUUAACGGUGUUGGAUUUCCUCAUCCCAUACCACAGAACAUUCUGAAGGAUCUCGCUAAACCAUCAAGGGAACAGGCUGUUCAGUUUCUCAGCCGGCUCUGUUCAUGUUUAGCAUUUGUUGUCGCAGCCAUUCAAAGCGUUCUUCAAGAACCUAAAGGAAGCGAGGCGGGGAAUUUUCAAAUGUUCGAAAAUUUGUUGAAAGCUGUUACGCAAUUCUUCCAGGAGAUAUUAUCCAUGAAUACGAACGUUACAGUGACGGACCUGUUUAAAUUUGCAAGGGAUCCAAACGCAAGGAUGGGUCUCAUUCAGGGGUGCUCACAAUUAGAUCGUGCUUUGGCCACCCUUCAGCAGUGUUCCACUUGGGUGGUGUCCUCCGAACUGUAGUGACUGGUGACGAGUAUUAUCGUUGGGAACACUCAACAUUUACAGAAUAAGAAAGUCAAAGCCCGUGCCGGAGAACGGAGACGAUAUAGAGAUCUAUUUCAAUGUGGAGACCGCCUCUUGUGCUCUGAGAAUACCAGGCUGUAAUUUGAGGGAGUUUGAAGAUUUUGUGACAUUGUGCUUUUGCAAUACCCGAUCACAAUUUUUUUUAUAAAACACGAUUUUAAGUAGACAACAUGAGUCGUUGCUACAAUUUUCAAAACCUAUUCUAUUUAUCUUCUUGACAUUAUUGUUUUUCCUGUUCGGUCCUUGUUCGGAAUGGGCAAACUUUACUUUGCCAGGGAUAGGUAUUGACAUUCUACUUUAGCGUUUACCUCCAUAUCAAAAGAUAUAAACAGUAAAAGAAACAACAACAAAAGCAACAGCAACAGAAACAGCAAUGACAACGUCAACGAUGGCAACAACAAGAAUGACGACACUGACACCUACAAAGUAUAUAACUAAAACAAAAGAAGGAGAGAAAGAAAUAAUACUAAAACUGUUUCGUUAUAAUGAUGCACGUGCAUGUUGUCAAUUUGUACAUUAGGGUUUCAUUGCAUCAUGUUAGAUAAUUAUUACGAUUGUACUAUAAAUUUAUUUUUGCAGGAAAAGAUGUUUGAUUUAAUAAAUCUUUUACUGGGUUCUCUUAGUGAAGGAAAAAAAAGAGAAGUUAAAUCUGAAUAUAUAUAAAUUGUCUGAGUUUUGGAUUUAU